GUUUGUUGAAGAUCGACAAGGCCAGACGCGCUUUCUUGAAAUUCUUCUUCCAGUGCUUCUGGAUGUGGUCUUCUUGCUUGAUAUGAGAAUCAAAAACGGCACAAAGGAGGCAUCUUGCAAGUUCUCUGAAGGCGGCACAACGCUGUUUACAAAAGAGAUUUAGGCAGGCUUGUUCUACCUACUUUUCAAACCACUUUACAAGUCUGGGAGCGCUUAUUUGUUGCUGUCCUUGGCGCUGCAUCACUCCACCCUUUUUGUUUCUUUGAAGUUGUGCCCCUGCGGCUGUAGUGAAAGACAGGCGUUGCGCAAGCCCCUGUUGAGGAAAAAUAGGAGUAGGAGACCGUCAAAUGUGGAGUAGCCUCGCAAAGCAAAGAUGGCUUUCUGUCAAGCUUCCAUUGCGUCUGGACUUGCACUUUUCCUGAACCCAAAAUCGCUCAGGCCGUCAAUUUGCCGUCCCCUGCCACUACAGUCCACUAUAUUACCAAAGCAUGAGAUCUUACCCCCUCAAAGAUCGUCACUUCCACUGGUUGGAAAACACUCUCACCAUGGGGUCAUUAGAGCAGUGUCUGAACGUUCCAGUCUUGACACUGUCAAAUACCCUUUGAACCAAAGGCGACCAGGCAGAGUGAGCAGCGACCCCAUUGCAAAGGCGUUGGAGGUGGUUGCUUCUGGUAGGAGAGGGAGCGGCCUCUCUGACCGGCACAGCAGCGCAAGAGUAUCCAAACGAGGCUCCUUUGUGCUGUCUCGCCUGUAUGAAGCCCAAGGCAUGCUUUUGGGAGGCCGGUCGAAGGGGAGGGGCUCUGCGAGGUGGAAGACAAGGAAGGGCAAAGUGCAGGCAGGGAGUGUCUUGGAGGCAAAGAGCUCAAAGACUGCCGGUUUGCAAGGGGUGGACUCGCCAUACCUGGCGUUGGACUCUGAGGGGCACCGGUGGACGGCGCCACUGAAUCUGAAGGAGCCCCCAACUCUAGUUCAGUACAUGAAGCAGAUUGUGGCUCAGGGGCAGGCGGCACAAGGAGAGACAAUCCUCCCAACUAAAAUGGAGGGCCUGAUGGGAAGUGUGACUGGCCUGAGCAUCGAGCAGCUUUUGACUGAUGAGUCUGUCUUCACCCGCGAGCUGAGUUGGCUGUUUUUGAACUGGAGAGUACUCCAUGUCGCCAUGGACCAGAGAACCCCACUCCACGAGCGCCUCCGCUUUCUUGGAAUUGCGGCCGCCAGCCUCGAUGAGUUCUUUGAGUGCCGAGUUGCCAGCUUGAAGUGGAAGGAAGCGGUCUCUCAAGACGCCAGCGCAAAGCAGGGAACCAGAGGAUGUUGCUCACUGCAAGAACGCCUGAAGAACAUCUCUUUGGCGGUUCAUGACAUCCUCUCUGCUCAGUCCACCGCCCUCCGCGGCAGCAUCCUUCCCGAGCUCCAAAAGCACGGCGUCUCCAUCGCCUCUCAUAGCCAGCUCACCAAUCCCCAGCAAGACAACCUCCGUGACUACUUCACACAGGAGCUGGAACCCCUUCUCACCCCCCUCGCAGUCGAUCCAGGCCACCCUUUCCCGUUCAUCAAGCACUUGUCCCUCAACAUAGCAGUCCUCCUGCGCGACCCGAUCGACGACGCGCACCAGUUUGCAAUAGUAACCGUCCCCUCCAACCUCCCCCGGUGGAAAGCGCUUCCAGGGGGGGCCAGCGCAGACUCACCACAGGCUGGGGCGGUCAUCCCCCUGGAAGAGAUCGUCGUGUCCAACCUUGACCGGCUGUUUGGCGGGAUGGAGAUUCUGUCGGCGCACCCGUUCCGAGCCACCCGCACGAUGCUGGUUUUGGACGAUCUGAAGAAGGGGGAAGAGGACCACUGCGGCGCGGACGAUCAAGGGGAUCUGGCGGCGAUCAUCGCACAAGAGAUGCACGAGCGCAAAUUCAGCCCGUUCGUGCGACUCGAGGUGGACCGCAGCAUGCCGCUCGAGAUGGUGGCGCGGCUAGCCGGGGAGAUGGACCUCGACCUGGAGCAGGACGUCUACACCACAGAGAGCCCUCUCGCUCUGUGCGACUUGCAAUCUCUCCCCGCCCCCACCUCCUCCCCGGCCGCGCUCCACUUCCCCCCUUGGCAGCCAAUCACCCACCCGCGCCUCGCUGACGUCAGCCGUUCGUCAGCGGCCAUUUUCGACGAGAUCCGCGGCGGGGGGGACAUUCUCGUGAAGCACCCGUACCACAGCUUCGUGACCAGCACGCAGGCGUUCUUCGAGGCGGCGGCGCGGGACCCCGCGGUCGUGGCAAUCAAGGCGAUCCUGUACAAGACGAGCGCCAACAGCCCCGUCGUGCAGGCGCUCGUGGCGGCCGCCGAGGCGGGAAAGCAGGUGACGGUUCUGGUCGAGCUGAAGGCCCGCUGCGAGGAGGCCCGCAACAUCAACAUCGCGGAAAUGCUGGAAGACGCGGGCUGCAACGUGGCCUACGGUCUGGUCGGCCUCACGACGCACGCCAAAGCCAGCAUGGUGGUCCGGCAAGAAGGGUCCGAGCACAACACGUACGUCCACGUGGGGACCGGGGACUACAACGUCCGCCAGGCUGCGGCAUACUCUGACGUCAGCCUCUUCAGCUGCGACCCGGAGCUGGGCCGCGACGUGUCCGACUUCUUCAAGUACCUGACAGGGUACCACCGCCAGAAGCGGUACCACUCGCUGCUGAUCGCGCCGCACAGCAUGCACCAGCAGCUGAUCCGCCUGUGCGACACCGAGAUCGAGAAUGCGCGCAAGGGCCUCCCGGCGGGGAUCACCAUCAAGUGCAACGCGCUGGACGAUCGGGUCCUGUGCGCGAGAUUGUACGCAGCAUCGGCUGCUGGGGUGAAGGUCAACCUCAUCGUGCAAGGCAUCUGCCGGAUCCGGCCCGGCGUUCCUGGAAUCAGUGAAAAUAUUCGAGUUGUAAGCAUCGUGGGCCGUUUCUUGGAGCACAGCCGCGUGAUGCGCUUCGAGAACGGCGGCGACCCGCGAUUCUACCUCUCCUCCGGGAACUGCACCACCCGGGACCUCACGCGCCGCGUCGAGCUGGCGCUGCUCGUCAAGGACGACAAGUGCAAACAGGAGCUACAGGACGUUUUGGACCUCUGCUUGAGCGACCGCCGCACCGCCUGGGAGAUGCGCCCCGACGGUCUGUACAGUCUGCCCGCGCCUAGUAACGACACGACCGGUAGUCAUGCAACCGGGACGAGAGACGCCCGCCUGGCCGCGAUUGGGCUGCAAGCCGCGCUGAUGGAGGACCUUCUGAAAGAGCGGGAAAAGGCCAGGAAAGUCGAGAAGUUGAAGAUCAAGGCCACCGCGGGGGGCAAAAGGGAUAGAGUUUAGUGGUUGAAGUAUUGUUUAUGGAGAGCACGUGGUAAAUAGAUGGAUGAUAGAUAGAUAGAGCGCGAGGUGCGGUGCAAGUGUACAGCUUAAUAACGCCAUUGCGAAACCGUAGCUUGACAUUGCCGAUAGAAGUUAGCCUAGUCAAAGAGGGGCGACUGUGUCGGUUUACACAAUUGCUUGAGCGUGUCUGUAUGAUGAUUGUUCCGAGACUUCGUAGGAGUCUUCUACAACUGCUCGAGUAGGCCAGCUAGGCAGGUUGUAGUCGAGGCGCUGGUAGGAUAGGGUUAGCAUUUGAAUCCGAAAAGGGGGGGGGAAUUGUGUGGCAUCAAGAGAGCUAGAACCUAGUCAGGGUAGAUAGAUACAGAUUCGAUAUCAUGUUCUUGAACAUUGCUUGAGACCAACAAACUUCCAGACCUUGUGUUUAUACUUGCUGACUUCAAACCAACUGAACCAA